AUGGUGGCUGAAUCAACCCAACACACCACCAACAUGUAUUCGCGUGGGCGUGCCACCACCGAAUUCGCACGCGUGAGGCGUGAUGCCGGUGAUGGAGAAGUGGCUACUCCACCACCACGUGCAUGUAAUGGCAAGGAGUGUCUGAAUGAGGAGGAGAACGAGGAGGAAGAAGAGGAGGACGAGCAGGAGGGCCUGCAAACUGUAAGACCUCAAGAUGAAGGUAACACAAGGUAUAUAAGCUAUGAAGCCCUAAAGAAGGAUAAUGUUCCAUGCAAUCGACGUGGCAGUUCUUAUUAUAAUUGUGGUACAUCUGGGCAGAUCAAUCCUUAUCAACGUGGCUGCACUGUCAUUACAAAUUGUGCUCGAGAGGGAUGA